ACAAUACCAGACUGUAAAAUGAAAACUUUGUCACUUUUCAGGCUUUUUCUGCUCAGAUUUCAUUGAGAAGUCCGCCAAGAUGACGUUCCGUGUGGAAAACAUGUCCUUCAAGCAGGGUCAGGAGAUGACAUUCACAGGGAAAACCAAGUCUGGAGCCUCUAAUUUCACCAUCAACAUCGGCCACGACAGUGACAACUACGCCCUCCACUUCAACCCUCGUUUCAACCACGGACACAUCGUGUGUAACUCUCUGUCUGGAGGAAGCUGGGGAGACGAACUCAAGGAAGGUCACUUCCCCUUCCAGGAUGGAGAGCAGUUCAAGCUGUGUCUGGUCCUCAACUUCACCAAUGAGCAGUUCUACAUCAAGCUGCCAGACGGUCACAUGAUGGACUUCCCCAAUCGCCUUGGCGACUGCAAGUACAAACACAUCAUGGUUGACGGAGAUGUCAAGGUCAUCAGCUUAAAAAUCAAAUAGAGGUUGACCUUUAACCUCUGACAGUUGUCUAAAUCCUUUGAAACAAUACCUGUGAAAUUAUUUAUACCAACUCUGAGCUCUUAUUGUGUACGGUGUAGUGAGAGGAAAACCCACUAGGUGGCGCCACUGUCAAACACACUUCUACCAGAAACCUGUGGAGAGACCAUUCCAGAUGUGUUAAUAAAACCUCCGUGAAAGCAAACAAUGUUUUCAAUAUCUUUAUGUGGCCUUUGUAUAAUCUUUGAAUACUUUUGAUGUGUCCUUAACGAGAGUCCGAAUCUUUAUUUCCUUAUUCACUAGUAUUCAAAUCUGUACGCAACCAAUAAACUUCGAUUUGAUUUAGUGUA